AUGGGUCUUGCAAGCAAACUCGCCGCGGCCAACGCUGCCUACCCAGGUGGCCCUCCAACAAGUCUUCAACCAGGUGGCCAACCUGGUGGCUAUAAUCCUGGACCACCUCAACAGCAGCAAUAUCAAGCCUAUCCCGGUGGCCCUCCAACUGGUGGCCCACCACCAGGUCAAUCGCAAGGAGGUUACCCUCCUGCUCAGAAUGCUCCUGUGUCGCAACCGCCCUACUCCCCUCAACCCCCAUACCAACAGCCUCCAAUCCCUCCAAGACCCAACGCAUCUCCUCAACCAUAUCAGCAACCUUCGUGGCAGCAACCUCAGCAACAACAACAGUACGGAGGACAACAAUUAGGAGUACCCAGCUCUCAGGGAGGAUACCAGUCGCCAAGUCCUGGCUAUGCGUCACCACAACCUGCAUAUACUUCAUAUCAAUCCCAAUAUCAACCCCCAAAUCAAUACCAGCAGAAUCAGCCUCCGAACCAGUACCAACAAUCUCCAUACCAGCCAGCUCAAAGCGGAUACGGACAAGGUCCUCCAGGUGGCCAAUCUCCAUACCCAGGCGGCCCACCACCUCAACAAGGACAAUAUGGUGGCCCAGGCGGUCCUCAAGGAGGACCUCACGGUGGACCUCAGGGCGGUUCCGCACCACCAGUUGGAAAUGUAGGCGCAUACAAGCAACUACUGCAGCAAACCAUCCAAGAGAAAGGCCUCCACAACUUCUACCCUCCCAACAGCCCUGCUCUCGAUCAAAUUGCCAAUCGAGCUACCACACAAGUCGGACAACUCGCUCAGACAUGGCGCAUUAGCCCGGAAAUCGCCUCUGACAUUGUCAAGCUGGCUCUCUACGACGUGAUUCUUUACAUCGACGACAGCGGUAGCAUGCAAUUCGAGGAGAACGGUGAACGAAUUGACGAUCUCAAAUUGAUCUUGGCCCGUGUCGCAUUCGCCACUUCCCUCUUCGAUGAUGACGGCAUUCAGGUCCGCUUCAUGAACUCCCCAGACCAAGGCAACGGCAUCCGCAGUGAGCAACAAGUGACCGACAUGAUCUCUCGCACUCGCUUCUCUGGCUUGACUCCUAUGGGCCGCGAGCUCCAAAACAAGAUUCUCGGCCCCCUGGUUCUCCAGAAUGCACGCAAUGGCAGUCUCCGCAAGCCAAUCUUGGUCAUCACCAUCACCGAUGGCCAGCCUACCGGUGAGAGUUCCUCAGAUCUGGCCAAGAUCAUUAAGAAUGCUUCGGAUGAGUUGUCUCGGAAUCCCCGAUAUGGCAAGGGUGCAUUGGCAUUCCAAUUUGCGCAGGUUGGAAAUGAUCUGAAGGCUCGAGAAUUCUUGAGCAAGCUUGACGAGGAGCCAAUGAUUGGAGAUAUUAUUGAUUGCACGUCAAAUUACGAAGUUGAAGCCGACGAAAUGUCGCGCGCCAACCCGCCUGUCCAGCUCUCCCCCGAACUCUGGCUUAUCAAGCUGUUGCUCGGUAGUAUUGACGCAAGCUACGACUCCAAAGAUGAGAAGAGCAGUGCCUCGCGACCUCCCCCUCAACAAGGCGGCUACGGCGGUCCUCCUCAACAAGGUGGCUACGGACAACCUCAGGGAGGCUACGGCGGACCCCCUCAACAGGGCGGCUAUGGUGGUCCUCCACAACAAGGUGGCUAUCCCGGACAGCAGCAAGGCGGAUACGGUGGACCCCCUCAGCAGGGCGGCUAUGGUCAACAGCAAGGCGGUUACGGACAGCCUCCUCCUGGCCAAGGCCAAUAUGGAAAACCACCCCAGGGCGGUCCAGGCGGAUAUCCCGGCCAACAGCAGGGCGGCUAUGGUGCUCCUCCACCACCGAGAUACUAA